AUGGACUCAUCACACUUCACCUCCCGUGCUUGUGAGGCAACCAAUUCAGUUCCUCCAACUCCACCCCCAGACACUCCAAAAAUGAACAUCCUCUUCCUCUGUACAGCGCACAAUUCGCUCUCGCAACAGCUGUAUUUGAACCUCAGUCAAACACACACCGUCACAAUUGAAUAUGCCCUGUCCGACACUGUCAUGAUCGAGGCAGCAAACCUAGUGAAGCCCGACAUCAUUAUUUGCCCUUUCUUGACCUCAGCAGUCCCAAGCGAAGUCUACUCAAAUUUUCUUACCCUCAUCGUCCACCCAGGGCCACCGGGUGAUGCUGGGCCUAGCGCGAUUGACUGGGUCUUGAUGGGCGACGAUGGUACCGUCUCAGACUCUGCCGAGCUUCUCAAGUCGCAAGCAUGGAGCAAGACGGGUCGAUCUCACUGGGGUGUCACCGUACUGCAAGCCGUAGCUGAGAUGGAUGCUGGCCCUGUCUGGGCUUUUGAACAGUUCGACAUCGAUAUUGAUGCGCCUGGAACGACAAAGGCGACUCUUUACCGUGGACCUGUUACACAAGCAGCCAUCACUGCAACUGUCGCUGCUCUUAAUCGCACCACUUCAGUGGCCAAUGCCAAUUCUGACCAAAAAAUAACCACUGUCGUUUCGGAACAACUUUUACUUCCGAAGAGAGAUACUUGCGGUAUAUCAGUCCAUCUUCUUCCCGAACCAACCUUCAAAACCCUGUCUGUGACGCAACAAGAGCCCUUCCUUGGUGGGGCGACACACCGCCGCCCUCUUCUGAAGGCUGCAGACCGAAACUUUGACAUCCACCAGGAGUCAGCCAGAAUUGUCUCACGAAAGAUAAGAUCGGCGGAUUCCCAGCCUGGUUGUCUUACCAAGUUGUUCGGAAAUACCAACCUUUAUGUCUACGGGGGUAUCAUCGAGACUGGUAGGAAUGAGAACUGCGACAGUGAGCCUGGCCAGAUCAUCGGCUAUAGAGACGGUGCAGUUUGCGUUGCCACUUGCGAUGGUCUGGGAAUCUGGAUUGCUCACAUCAGAAGGGUGAAGCGAAAAUUUGACCCGCUGCUUUGGCCCAAGGUACCAGCUGUCUCAGGCUUGCUCGAACUCGGCUACAUUGAUCAAGGUGUCUUGAACAGAACUGGAUCAUUGCGCUUGAUCGAAGGCUGGACGAAAGCAACAUGGUCUACUUUCCAAUACGUUUGGGUCGACUUUGCACCCGGCCCUGGCAAGAACAACGUCGCAUAUGUCUACUUCGAGUUCUACAACGGAGCCAUGAACACCCAGCAAUGCUCGCGACUCAUUGAAGCUCUUGAAUUCGUCGCCUCACAAGAGUCUCUCGAUGCAGUCGUCCUCAUGGGUGGCGAUUCGUACUUCAGCAACGGAAUCGCCCUCAACGUCAUUGAAGCAAGCUGUGAUCCUUCGGCAGAGUCGUGGCGUAACAUCAAUCGCAUAGAUGAUGUGGUGCACAUGGUGCUUGAUGUGUUUCCUCGGAAGAACAUCACUACAGUCGCCGCACUGCGAGGGAACUGUGCUGCCGGUGGCGUGGCCCUUGCGGCAGCCUGCGAUGUGGUAAUAGCAAGCUCAGUGUCAGUUCUCAACCCUGCUUACCGAGCUGUCGGACUUCACGGUUCUGAGUAUCACUCCCUUUCGUAUGUCGGACGCUGUGGACCUCGUGGUUCGAAGCGCAUCUUGCGGGAUAUGUUGCCGCUAUCAGCUUCCCAAGCCAGAGAGAUGGGCUUGAUAGACCAUGUCCUCCUGGGUUCGGGCGAUGCUCUCGACACAAGAAUCAGGGAUCUUGUUCAGCAGCUGAUACAGACCCCUUACAAGCCCGGUUCAUGGAAGUCCUGCGUCGACGUCAGUACCUCUGGGCUUGCAUCUGCUAGAGCUACCGAGCUUAGUGAAAUGGCCAAGGACUUUUGGAGCGCAAGGUCCGAAAGAUACACUUCCCGAAGACGAGAUUUCGUCAGAAAGGUCAAGCCUUCUAAAACACCUCUGCGCUUUGCCACUCACAGAAGGCGAGAUGGAAUGCUCGAUGACGAAGAGACUGAUUUGUUUGAUGAUAUUGCGGCAUAUGAGGAGAGAUUUUCGGCACAUCGCGAAAGGGAUAGGGAUGAUGGGUUCUUGUCUCGUCGUGAAGAUUCUAAAUUGCACAGUGAAGGGGUGGUGAUCAAAUCCAACUUGAUUCAGGAGACCAGUAGUGUGCAAGAUAAACCGAUGUUGUUCCCUUGUUACUAUGAAGUAGAUACCCAGGUUUGUAUUUAG